AUGUUAUUCCGAUCACACAAGCCAUUUUUGAAGAUUUUCCGACGAGGGUCUAUUCCUUUCCUAUUCCUAGCCACUAUCCUUUUCUUUUUUUAUCUUCUUUGUCUGAAAAUAGGUUUGAUUUGCUUCACCUAUGAGAAUGUCUGCCAAUUGAUCUUUUAUUCAUCAAAGCUCAUCCUAAUCUCCGUCGAGAUUACUGCCUUAGCCCUGUCCUACCAUAUUUAUAAUGGAGUUCGGUGUCUCGGAGUUGUAAUCUUCCUAUUAAUAAUUAUGACAGCUUUUAGUUUUAUUAAACCUUUUUUGUUUGUUUCUUUCUCUUUUUUAUUUCUUCAAAAAGGGUAG